UAAGUGACAUGACAACUGGAUACGUUUGAUAGCAAGGAAACCCUAUUUCCAGCUGAAAAGUGAAAUACUCGUGUAGCUAAUGUUACAUGUCGGGUUGCAAGAGGAAUUACUAAACUCGGGGAAGACAGCAAGUGGGGAAAAUAUGGCUCAACAGUGACAUUCUCCAAUCUCUCCAUUAUUGAUGAAAAGACAAAAAGAAAAAAGUUCAAAAAAAGCAUCAAAGAGGCCUACAGCAACAUUAAAGAGGCUGCAGGGAUUUCAGAUGGGUCAGGCACUGUGGAGGCUGCCUCCCAGACAACAGAGGCAGCUUCAGGAAGAGCUUGCAGACCGGCUGGCUGAGCGAGGAGACGGAGGUGGAGGAGAAAGACGUGUCCUAGGGACAGAUGGAGGUCCCCAGAGAAGAGAUGCUCAGCCGUGUUAUGGCCCUGACAUCUAUCAUCUGCUGAGAACGCGCAUCGGAGGAAAGGAACAGAAUGGUUUUAUUGAUUUGGAGAUGUUGCCCCCUGAAUUAGGCAUCACCAUUCUGUCUUACCUGAAUGCUACUGACCUGUGCCUGGCUGGCUGCGUGUGGCAGGAUCUGGGAAGCGACGAAUAUCUAUGGCAGGGGCUGUGUAAGUCCACAUGGGGACACUGCUCCAUCUACAACCGAAGACUACCUGUAGGUUUCUCAUAUAGAAGACUCUACUUACAACUAGAUGAAGGCUGCCUGUCAUUCAAUGCUAAUGCACAAGAGGGCAUCAGUUAUUUCAUGUCUAAAGGGAUCCUAGUGGAUCAUCCGACAGAGCUGGCUAAGUUCAUCUUUUACACCACACGCCUCCACUGGAAGACGCUGAGGAUUUAUCUGGAUGAGAGACGGGACGUCCUGGAUGAGUUGGUGACCCUCCAUAACUUCAGCAACCAGUUCCUCCCCAACGCUCUGCGGGACUUCUUCAGACACAUCCACGCCCCUGAGGAGAGAGGAGAGUAUCUGGAGACCCUCAUCACAAAGUUCAGCCACAGGUUUUGUACCUGUAACCCAGGCCUCGUCCGAGAGCUGGGCCUCAGUCCUGAUGCGGUGUAUGUGCUGUGCUACAGUCUCAUCCUGCUGUCCAUCGACUUGACCAGCCCCCACGUCAAAAACAAAAUGUCCAAGAGGGAGUUUAUCAGGAACACUCGCCGAGCAGCGCACAACGUCUCUGAUGACUUUGUAGGCCACCUCUAUGACAACAUUUACCUGAUUGGCCAUGUGGCUGCAUAGCUUCACCUACAGGAGGUCCCAGAGAUCCUAACUGCACUGAAGAAUAAGGACCGUUGGAAGGGUUUCUAUACUUGAAAGCAUCCAACACUGUGGAAGUGGAUUUAAACAAUUUUUUUGACGACUGAUGAAUCGUCCAAGAAGGGCUAGAAAAACACAUGGAAUUCACCACUGCACUGUGAUAAAACAUUAGUGAAGUUAUUUGAUUUUAACUGUAUUUUUAAGUGGAACCAUGGGGACGAGGUCUCACACUGCACUGACGGAUGGCGACUACUGAUUGGUGGAGGAGGAGGAGGAGGAGGAGGACGAGCAUAGCCUCCACAGCAUAUUCGGUCCUGCUUUCCUAUUGGACAGCGGCUUCCUGCUUAACUAGUGAGACAAGUGACGCAGGGGACAACAAUAACACCCACUAAGAUGUCGAGUAGCAUUUCCCAGUGGAAGUAACACCGCAGCUAUUCUGCAAAUCCAGUGCCCUUGAUGCGGUGUUCUGUGGUAACAAGCAGAAUGUCAAAUCGGUCUUUCUUUGGCUAGAACGUAAUGUGUUUGUUUAUUCUUUCUUCCUUUUCCAUCUUAUGAGUGAAAUGAACAAGAAAACCACACUUUAAUGAAAAACAAUAUCCUAUCCUAAUCCCUCCCUUUUGUUCUUGUGACGUUUGUGUGUAUGUGUUCCCAUCCUCCCAACUGCACAAAUACUUCAAACUUUGGACUUUAUUAUCCACAGUGUGACUUUCUCUCCACUACGCUAAACAUGUUAUACACAAUAAUACGUAGAGCAGCUCCACAGUACCAGCACACACUUGGGCCCAUUGCAUGGAGGCAGGGAUUGGACUUAACCCAACGCGAGUCCAUCCAUAGCUCAGCGGUGUGUGUGUGUGUGUGCGUGUGUGCGGGCGACGAGGCAUGACCGAUUAUUCUGGCACUGUUUGGUUCUGUGUGUGAGUGUUAUAUAUCGUUAUUUUGACUCAAACGAUAGUCCACUUUUGAAUUUAGAAGAAGAGAAAAUUCCAAGUAUAAGAAAAGUGAAAUUAUUGAACAUACAUGUAACUCCUAAAAACUGCAUUCAUUCAUAUUAAUUUCAUAAUAAAUCUGAUUCUCACACAUAUAUGUAAAAGCAAAGGGAGAGCACAUGUAGUAUUUUAAAUAUUGUAUCCAGAUUAUGAUUCAAAUUGAAUUUAUUAAAGCCGUUAUGCACAUAUUACAUAAGGGGAGUUUGUAAUCCCAGUGCUUUAUGAGAAUAGUAGAUACGUACUGGGAAGGUCAGGGAUUCGUGCAUCAUCAUCAAGGAAUCUGUUAUUCUAGUGAGGAGAAAGAGGAUGUUGAGUGAAGUAAAUGCUUCUAAGACUCAGUAAUACCAGUGCAGUACAAUGUAUGAGGGUUCAUGAAGUUCUUCUGUUUUCAGCUGGGAUUUCAUACUGCUUCAUUGGAACAAUUAACAUAUUCAUGCCCAAAUGACUACCGCUUCCUUUAAGGGAUCACAGCGAUACAGCUGUUGCUGCCAUGACACAAUGGCAUGAUCCAUCCAUUUAAAUUAGACGUGUAGUCUAAUAAAUGACUCUACGAGACCAGAAGAAAUGGGCUUCUAUCAGAAAUGACAAAUACAAAAUCAAAGCCAAUACUGUUAAUACUACGGUUAUACAUUUGUUAGUGUGUUUUUGUUUGAUUUUUUAAAUUGUGGAAGCUGGAGGAGACAUACUCUUCUCCAGUCUUCAUACUCUGAGAGGAUGUAUGGGUGACACGAUGACGACGUUUUCCUAAAAAUGGGACGGGUUCAACAAUGAUCCCUGUGAGAUUCGAAUGCAGCGUAACACACUACAGUCCCUCUGAGCCCGUGUUCCAUAGGAAACAAGAGCAGGACAAAAUGAAGCAGGUUCUUUGAAUCAAGGUUCUAUACCCCGACCCUGAAAGCUAGUGUAAAUACCAACAAAAAUUUAUUUCUUUUCUUCUUUGUGUUCAAAGUAAAUUAUUUCUAACAGGAGCCUCUUUAUAGCAGGUAAAUCAGACAGUGGCUUAACUCCAAACAUUAAUAGUGUUAACGAUUCUUUAUAGCUGAUGACCCUCUCUGAUUUAGAGCGAACUUUAUUGUUUUCUUUGAAUUAUGAAUGAAAUCCACUUCUUGUUGUGUGUUUCUUUCUUUCAUUUGUGAAUACCAAAAUAAUUUGUGACUGACAAAAUGUACUAAGAAAUUGUUCCAAUGAUCUCACUCAUUAAACCUGGGUUUGAUUUCC